UAAAUUUCCAUUUCCGAAUUUUUUUCGGAAUGUAAUUUCAAGUUCAGAAAAUCACCGUUAGAUGCCGAGACAGUAAAACACGUGUGUCGCUGUCGAAAAAACGAAAAUGAUUUCAAAAAGGAAGUUAUCAGAGUCCGAUGAAAAGGAAGAAGUUGGUCAUGUUCUUGCACAGUUCAAAUCCGAAAGUGGCGAACUUUUGGAGUCUCCGAUUGAUUUACCUCUCAAUAUAACUACAGCAAACUUGCAGUUGAUUUGCAAUGCAUUCGUUAAAAAGAGUGACGAUGAAGCUACUCCCUAUACAUUUUUUGUUCAAGAUGUAGAAGUUACAAGUAACCUUGCUGCUGCUCUCAAAAACGUAGUAUUGGACAGUGAAAAAGUAUUGGAAAUUAUCUAUCAACCUCAAGCUGUUUUUCAAGUCAGAGCGGUGACUAGAUGCACAAGUUCUUUACCUGGACAUUCAGAAGCUGUCAUUUCAGUAAGUUUCAGUCCUGAUGGGAAGCAGUUGGCUAGUGGCUCAGGUGAUACCACUGUCAGAUUCUGGGACUUAAAUACAGAAAGUCCCUUGUUCACAUGUAAAGGACACAGACAUUGGGUUCUGUGCACUGCUUGGGCCCCCAAUGGACAGACUUUGGCAUCAGCUUGCAAAAGUGGUGAAAUUCGGUUGUGGGAUGCCGCAACUGGGACACAGAAAGGCAAACCACUUGUGGGUCAUAAACAGUGGGUGACCUGGCUUGUUUGGGAACCUUUUCACUUGAACCCACAGUGCAGGAAGUUAGCAAGUUCUUCCAAAGAUGGUGACGUCCGGAUAUGGGAUGUAGUUCUUGGUACUUGUUUGAUUAACCUUGCUGGUCAUCAACAAGGGGUAUCAUGUAUAAGGUGGGGUGGAACAGGACUCAUAUAUUCCGCAUCUCAGGAUCGGACAGUAAAAGUUUGGCGAUCUGAAGACGGAAUAUUAUGCAGGACAUUGCAAGGGCAUGCUCAUUGGGUCAACACAUUAGCGUUGAGCACCGACUACGUUCUACGAACUGGCGCUUUCGAACCAGCAGAAUUUGGGCGCACUCAGAAAACUUUGACGCCCGAAGAAGCACAGAAAAAAGCUCUGGACCGAUAUAAUCUAGUUCAACAAGUCGGUCCCGAACGUUUAGUGUCUGGUUCGGACGAUUUCACUCUGUUUUUAUGGAAUCCUGAAACAGAUAAAAAGCAUUUAGCUCGUAUGACGGGUCAUCAACAAUUGGUUAAUGACGUCAAAUUUUCUCCCGAUUCGAGAUUGAUUGCUUCAGCCUCCUUCGACAAAUCGAUAAAAAUCUGGGAUGGAAGAACAGGCAAUUUCAUAACGACUCUUCGAGGUCACGUACAAGCCGUCUACCAAAUUUCCUGGUCGGCCGAUUCUCGGCUUCUUGUUAGCGGAAGUGCAGACUCUACUUUGAAAGUUUGGAACUUAAAAACAAAAAAGUUGCAUUUGGACUUGCCCGGACACGGUGAUGAAGUAUUUGCUGUUGAUUGGAGCCCUGACUCACAACGAGUUGUUUCUGGAGGACGAGAUAAAGUUCUGAAGAUAUGGCGAUAUUAACAGAAAUCUUCCAAUCGAUUAAGAAAAGUCUUGAUUGUUGAGCAUCGUUCUUUUCCGUUUAUAGGACUGAUCUACAAUACAAUGGCCAUAAACAGCCAAUUAUUGUUAAA